ACGAACAUGGCGCGCUCCACGAGUGGCAGCAUGUCGUUUUCUUGAACACAUAUCUGUUUACGUUACCGCUAUUUAUUCUAUGAUAAUGCGUUUUCAGGCUGUCGUACAGACACAGAGUUAUCGUGCAAAUGUUAUAGGCGUCGCAUACUAGUGCUGUCAACUGUACAUAUCUGAUUCGGAACUUGGUUUGCGUGUGAGCUCCCGACGUCGCAGACCGAAGGAAACCCCAACUCGACAUGUCUUUCUCAUUUAAGUUUGAUAUACCGGAUGCUGAGGACGCGGACUUGAACCAGAUCGAGCCUGUUGGUUCGGAGCGCAAACACUUGGCCAAGCCUGUUGCACCUUAUGAGGAGGUCCUGCCGAGACAGGAGCUUGAAAACCUACAUGAAAGUCUGGAGAAAAGCAUGUUGGACUUGACAUCUAUCAAGGUAACAUUCCUAGUUGGCGGCCAAAUGGAAAGUCUCCUCAGGGGUGAUGUUCUCGAGGCGACUGAAGGGAAUCUGGACAUAGUUCCCAGUGUUUACGAAGGUGGUAUGAAGGUUUGGGAAUGCUCCAUUGAUUUGGCGGAGUACAUUGAAAACCAUCUGAGCAUUGAUGACGAAAGUAAAGUACUUGAGCUCGGGUGCGGUGCUGGCCUUCCAGGUCUCGUGGCCUGCCUCAAAGGUGCUUUCGUGGACUUCCAAGACUAUAACAAGCAGGUGUUGGAGCUUAUCACCAUACCCAAUGCCUUUUCCAAUAUUGGUGCUCGGGUGAAGAAAAGGUGUCAUUUCUUUGCAGGCGAUUGGAGUGCAUUAGCAGACAACAUUGCGCCAUCUCAAUAUGAUUUCAUCCUGACAAGUGAAACCAUUUACAACACCACCAGUUACCCGUCCUUGAUUGCAGUUCUGAAGAAGGCAAUCAAGCGCACUGGUAUUGUCCUUGUUGCUGCCAAAACUUGCUACUUUGGAGUUGGAGGUGGCACGAGGUUAUUUGAAGAUGCUUUGGCCGUGGACGGAUUUUUCACAUCACGUGUUGUUUUCAUCACGGACUCCGGUGUGCAACGAGAAAUUCUGGAAUUGCGUGUUGUGCCUCCGCCCUGACAUUGCCCGCAGGCAUGCAAUAAACUCUUUUGUACAGACCAGCCU